UGAAGCCCGCUGCCCGGGUAACCAUUACUGGCAGUGUGAAUCUGCGCAUGCGCUGUAUAGCUGAGAGGCUAUCCGCCAGCUGUACGGGUCGCCGGUACCGGUAGUCUGUGUAGUGUCGGGACUCGGAGACGGCGAGAGGAUGUCGGGGGGUCCGGCAGUGCAGAUUAGCAUCGAGUCCUGUGCGGAGAAGCAGGUGCAGGAGGUGGGGUUGGACGGCUCAGAGACCUAUGUGCAGCCGCUCUCCAUGUCCCAGAACCUGGCCCGCCUGGCACAACGCAUAGACUUCGGCCAGGACUCCGAGGAAGAGCCGGAGAAUGGAGCAGUUCCGCGGGACAGCGAAUGGGAGCAGCCACAGCAGGAGGAGGAGGAAGGUUUGGUCAAGUUCCAGCCAUCACUAUGGCCUUGGGAUUCUGUGAGAAACCACCUACGCGGCUGCCUUACGGAAAUGUGUGUAUUGUAUGAUGUGCUGAAUAUAGUGAAGGAUAAGAGGUACAUGCACCUGGAUCCCGUCUCACAGGAAUCCCUGACUCCCAAACAGAGUCAGCAAAGUUUGUUGUUGGUUUCUAAGCGGAAAUACCUUCUCGGAGCUGCGCAGAUUCUCCUUAAAGGAGCCGAGCGUCUUUCCAAGUCUGUGGCAGAGAACCAGGAGAACAAGCGGCAGCGUGACUUUAAUUCAGAACUGCUGAGGCUGCGCCAGCAUUGGAAGCUGAGGAAACUGGGUGACAAAAUUCUGGGGGAUCUGAGUUACAGGAGUGCAGGCUCGCUCUUUCCUCAUCAUGGGACGUUUGAAGUGAUAAAGAACACUGAUCUUGAUUUAGAUAAGAAAAUCCCAGAAGACUACUGCCCCCUGGAUGUCCACAUCCCCAGUGAUUUAGAAGGAUCAGCCUAUUUAAAGGUUUCCAUUCAGAAGCAAUCGUCUGACAUCGGUGACCUCGGUACGAUGAAUCUGUUCAAACGCCCAGUGCCUAAAGCUAAACCAGGGACCCCGCAUUGGCAGACGAAGCUGGAAGCCGCACAGAAUGUCCUACUGUGCAAAGAAAUAUUCGCACAGUUGUCUCGCGAAGCCGUUCAAAUCAAAUCCCAAAUCCCUCACAUUGUCGUCAAGAACCAAAUUAUCUCCCAGCCGUUUCCCGGACUCCAGUUGUGUAUCUCCUUUUGCCACUCUACAAAUGACAAGAGGUCUCAGAAGCUUUCGUCUGAUAAGAUGAGCCCAGAAGAUCACUUGUACGUCCUAGAACACAACCUGCACCAGCUCAUUAGAGAGUUCCAUAAGCAGACCCUAAGUAACAUCGUGAUGCCCCAUCCCGCCAGCGCACCUUUCGGCCACAAGAGGAUGCGUCUUGCUGGGCCCCAGGCCUUCGAUAAGAAUGAGAUUAACGCCAUGCAGCAGAGCGAAGGCCUCCUGGAGAAGAUCAUCAAACAAGCUAAGCACGUGUUCCUCAGGCGCAGAGCGGCCCGCACCAUCGACAACCUGGCCAGCAGAAUAGAGGACCCCCAGAUCCAAGCCCACUGGUCAAGCAUCAACGAUGUCUAUGAGUCCAGCGUGAAAGUCUUAAUAACGUCUCAAGGUUAUGAGCAGAUCUGCAAAUCUAUCCAGUUACAGCUGAACAUUGGGGUGGACCAGAUACGAGUUGUGCACAGAGACGGGAGAGUGAUCACGCUGUCUCAUCAGGAACAGGAGCUGCAGGACUUCCUUCUGUCACAGAUGUCUCAGCACCAGGUUCUCGCUGUUCAGCAACUUGCUAAAGUAAUGGGUUGGCACGUCCUCAGCUUCAGCAACCAGGUUGGCCUGGGGCCAGUAGAGAGCAUUGGCAAUGCCUCUGCAAUAACCGUGGCCUCUCCUAAUGGAGAUUAUGCUGUUUCAGUACGCAAUGGACCGGAAAAUGGCAGCAAAGUCAUGGUGCAGUUCCCCCGAUCUCAGUGUAAAGAGCUCCCUAAGAGUGACGUGCUGCAGGACAACAAAUGGCAUUACCUGCGAGGUCCCUUCAAAGAAAUUCAGUGGAACAAAAUGGAGGGUCGGAAUUUUGUGUACAAGAUGGAGUUACUAAUGGCAGCUUUGACACCGUGCUAGAAAGUGCAUAUAAGGAACAAAUCACGGACUAAUUUCACUGUAAAUAAUGACAAACCACAGCCAUCUAACUUGCUGUACCAUCUCAUACAAUAAAGAUGUGUUGUUUUUUUCUA